AGUCUGCUGUUCAGUUAUAGCCAGCAGUUGCUGUCAAGCAACAAGUUUUAUAUGGCUGGUAAACUGAUUGCUUGGUCGAUAGCACACAAUGGGCCAGGGCCACGGUGUAUCAAUAGACACCUGUUCUGUUUGAUGUGUGGCCAGAAGACAUCUCUUGAUGACUUUGAUGUCGAGGUCUUCAUGGACGAUGACAUUAAACAGAACAUAGAAAAGGUUUCCAACUGCAGCACCCCAGAAGACCUGGCAGACUUGAAAAGUCACCUUGGGGACUGGAUUGCAGGCUGUGGUAUCCCUGACAUCUACACUGCCACACUACUUGAUGUUAAGAGGAUAAGGGGCGAGAUUGUAUCUCAUUUUGCGUUUCACAGGGUUGCCAGCAUGAUUCAACAGUUUGUUGCCGGUAUGGACUCGUGUGGUCAAUUCUGGCAAAUGGUGAAGAGAUGCUGGAAGCAGUUCCUUCCUGUAUUUACAAAUGCAGGAAAUAAACUUACAAGGAACAGCUUCCAGGAUCUCUUCACCAUUGGAUGGAGUCCAGCUGGAAGUAACAGACGUGAAGAAGAGGAAGCCACCAUCUUUCAGUGGGAAUGGUGGCUUAUGGCCAUUCAGGAGCAAGAGGUGGACAACACGUUUGAAGAGCUGCUGGUCUUCAUAACUGGGGCUGACUUACUUCCACCACUGGGGUUCCCACAGUCCUGCAACAUAGACUUUUACGAUCAGGAGCCGGGGAUGCGGCGCAUCCCAUACGCAUCAACGUGCAGCUUAUCCCUGUAUCUUCCAAGAGGUGUUGCAGAUGAAGAUCAAUUUAAAGAUCUUAUGAACGAUGCAUUAAAAGGAUCCCUUGGAUUUGGAAAGGUGUAGCUGCAUACAUGAACUGAUGCUGGGAAGCUAUGGUUAAAACCUGUGGCCUUUUGGGAUGAAGUUGUUAUUGUAAGUGUUAAAUGGGAUUGCUCCUGGCACUCAGGCUUCUUAAAGAUUUUACAUUUUAAGUGUUUUUACAAAUGACUAUUCAUUGUGUAUAUAGUUGUAUUUAUGGUCCAGUUAAGACAACUGGGGUAUGCAUGUAUCAAGCCAUGCAAAAUAAGUGGUGUUCAGAAAGUUUACAGUAUUGGGAGGAAAAUGACAAUUCAUCUAGAAAUAUUAGUUUGAAAGUUUGUUGUGGAUUGUUUGUUCAAUUACAGUACACUGCAUAGUGUGGGUUUUGUUUUUAAUUUAUUUUUUUCAAGAUGUACAACAGAUGCCAAACUUUGAACUGAAAGACAUUGACUGUUGUAAAAUAAAAUAUUAUAAUGUCAGUUCUCAUGGUGUCUUGUCUGUUUAGAAAUUAAAGUUGAGGCUUACCUGUUACUGUCCAAUACUGGUAUUGGGUUCCAUUGACAAGGGCUAUGUAGUACAAUUAUGUGCUUAAGUCAAGGUAAAUGGUUCAAUGAAUUUACCCUCAUCGGUUCUCAAACCAAGAACUCAAGAAUCAACUCAGACUUAAAAGUUACGCAUUCAUUUUAAUGCUUUCAAGAACAAAGCAGUUUUAACAAACUGACUUUAAACUUUGGUGUUAACUCUGAGAUUGGCAUCUGGCCUUUGACUAUAACCUGGUUAAAAAUCAAUUUGAGGACUCUGAACAUGUGUCAGUGUUGACCGUGAUAUUAUUUGGGUUAAACUGUUCGUGGGGGGAGUUUUAUGGAAACAUUUAAGACUUCUGCCUAAUUUUACAUUUAAAUAGUUUGACAUGAACUUUGUAGUGAAUUAUGUAAAUGUGGUAGAAUUAUGUAAGAGAUAAUGGCUG